CGUGCGUGCGUGCGUGUGUGUACACAACAGUCCUAUAACCGGAGACUCGGAGCGGGUCUGAAGUUUCACUGUAUUUAAGUUCCCCGGUUUGUGUCCGUCACUCCGGUUUGUUCGGUUUGUUUGGAAAGACGCGGUUUUGUGCAGAUUUCAGCAGCAGAUUUUACACCUGAGUGUGGAGAUGAAGCUGAAAUGGAAGAAGGAAAGCGCAUUCCCCUGGUUUGGUCUGGAUAUUGGAGGCUCUCUGGUAAAGCUGGUGUACUUUGAGCCAAACGACAUGACAGAAGAGGAGGAAGAGGAGCUGGGGAGCUUACAGUCCAUCUGCUCGUACCUCAGGUCCAAGACUCUGCACAGGAAGUGUGCUGUUCGAGACGAUCAGCUGGAGCUCCGUGACCUGAGCGUGUGCGGGAGAGUCGGAACGCUGCAUUUCAUCCGCUUCCAAACAGCCGACGUCACGCCGUUCCUCGCUGCAGUGCAGGAGAAGAGCAUCAGCAAGCUCUACAGGACUGUGUGUGCUACUGGGGGUGGGGCAUACAAGUUUGAGGAAGACUUCAGGAUGAUGGUGGGGGUGGAGUUAUUGAAGCUGGACGAGUUGGACUGUCUGACCAGAGGGUUGCUGUAUUUGGACUCCAUGGGGUUUAAUGGGAAAACAGAGUGUUAUUAUUUGGAGAAUGCAACCGAUUUUCAGCGCUGUGUGAAGCGACCGUGUCGUCUGGAGAACCCGUUCCCCAUGCUGCUGGUUAACAUCGGCUCCGGAGUCAGUGUCCUCGCUGUCCACUCCCAGAACAAAUACAAACGCAUCACCGGCACCAGCCUGGGUGGAGGGACGUUCCUGGGUCUGUGCUGCCUGCUGACAGGAUGUGAGACGUUUGAGGAAGCUCUGGAGAUGGCCAGUAAAGGAGAUGGAAACAAUGUGGACAAACUGGUAAAGGACAUUUACGGUGGAGAUUAUCAACGCUUCAGCCUGCAGGGGAGCACUGUGGCCUCCAGUUUUGGUCACAUGAUGAGUAAGGAGAAGAGGGACAGCACCACUAAAGAAGAUCUGGCCAGAGCCACACUCGUCACCAUCACCAACAACAUCGGCUCCAUUGCACGCAUGUGUGCCAUUAAUGAGAACAUCGACAGGGUGCUGUUUGUGGGGAAUUUUCUACGAUCAACACCCUGUCUAUGAAGCUGCUCGCCACGCCAUGGACUUCUGGUCCAAAGGACAACUGAAGGCUCUUUUCCUCGAGCACGAGGGAUACUUUGGAGCAGUUGGAGCUUUCCUGGAGCUCUUGAAGUCCUCCGAAGAUCACUGAGUAACGUCUCCUUGCGUCUCUGCCUCAACGCUAACGGUGUUAACGAUGUUAAUGUGUCAUGUGUAAAUAACCUUUAAACGUUUUUAAAGUUUUUAUUAUUGUAAGAUAAAGAUGUUUUAUCACUAAUUUACCCUGAGGAGGGGCAUUUACUUUUACACGCUGUGGGUUUAUUGUAAAUAUGUACAGUAGAUGGUGUUAAAGGCUUCACUGUGGAGGGAAAUGUGUAGUUUUUCUGAUGUCACAGGGAAGAGACUCAGUUCUUAACAAAACAAAAAAAAGUUUCCUUUUUUCAUGCGAAUGAGUUUUUAGGUUUGUUAUUUUUUAAAAUAUGCAAAUGAGGAUGAAAUGCAAAAAAUACAAGAAAAAAUCUCAGCUUUUUAAACACUACAUUUAAUAUUUGUGCCAAUAAAGAGUUUAACAAUUUAA